UGUAAGAUUUAAUAUCAUAACAUGCAUAUAUAUGUGUGUGUGUGUACUUAUUUACAUUUUAAAAUGUUUAAUGGCAUUUCAGUGGGUGAAAUGGACAUUUUUGUAGCCUUUAAACGUGCAGUUUAAUAUAUCAGUCUACCAGACAAAAUAAAACGUUAAUUGGUGCAGGUUUUUGUUCUUUUGUAAGUCGCUUUAGGUUUAAACUAUUAAAGCAGCUAGGCUUCUACAAACUGCUCGGUCUUUGUGUCAUUGUCGUCGUGUGAGUCCGAUCAGUCUUAAAAUAGAGCCAGAAGUGUUGAAGAGUGUAAAUACUUGAGCUCAGGCCAAGAGAUGCCAUCAUUCAGAAGAUGAUCCUGGAGCUGUGUGCCUCCACGUCUAACGUUUCACAGCCACGACUUAAACAUUAAAAAUACUCAGAGUGCUGGACAAAACAUGCGUGAAGGACGAAUCAAGCCUAAGCUAUCAAACCCAUACCAAUGCACUGCAGUAUUGUAAAGGCAGUAUUGUUGCUGCAGUGUAAUGUAAUUAAUUGUGACGUUGCUUCAGGUCGUAUAUUAGCACCCGUGUCACCUCGAGUCCUAAACAUAAAGCAGCAUCUGUGCAGCAUGACCCUCACGGACAGAUCUUCUGGAUUCAUGUUCUCUCUGUUCAGCAUGUUACUCGGCCCUCAGGAGCACUGGACUUCAUUGUGAACUCAAGACGAGGUGAGAGUGGCUUUAAAAACACUGAAUGAAGGAGAGGGAAUAUAAAGCACCAGCUGAAUAACUGAAGACUUGGUUUUCUGAGAGGAAAUGCAUAUUCUUGGGACUACUUUCUUUUUUAUUAUAGCCCUCAAGGUCUGUGUAGGUUUCUUCCUUCAGACGUCGGAGGUCCAGGUGUAUGUUGGAGAAAGUGUGGUCUUGCGCUGCAAUGGUUCAGGGUUCCCUGUGGAGGAGCUGCAUGUUCACUGGGAGGCGAUGGGCAAAGACGUGAUCUCUCUGCGAGGAGACGCGGUCGCGGUCGGGAGAGGGUUUGAAGACCGGGUGAACUUCCUCAGAGAUCCUGCAGAGUCCGAGGACUUUUCCCUCAUUCUGUCAGAUGUGAUGCUGAACGAUGGAGACAUAUACGAAUGUCUCUGGGAGGGAACAAAACCCAUUUGCUUUGUGUUUCUACAAGUGUCCACACCAGCGGUUUUCACUGAUCAUGUCCAAGUGUUUGAGGGCGUCGAUAUCACUUUGGACUGCUUUGGAGAUAUCCCUAAAAACAAGCCAUGGGAAGAGAUUUACAUCCAGUGGCUGAAGGAUGACCGAGAGAUCCUGCGCUUGAGCUCUGGACAGAUGGACGUCAGUGUCGAUUACAGCGUGCUGAGGUUACCGGCCAAACACGACAUCAGUCGCGGCAUCUUCUCGCUGAGCAUCGCGUCGGUCAGUGUCUUCGACCGCGGCGUGUAUCAGUGCCGGUACAAGAGCACCGAUUACGAGGCGCCGCGGAGCGGGUUCCCGGAGACACAAACGCUCACGCAACCUCUUCACUCUAAACAACCACUAAUCGCAUCCAAAGUAAAAGCUUUGUAUACAUAA